UCAUGGUUGCGCGCAACUUCUCGCUCCAGGAUCUACCUUACAAUCGUGUGCUGCAGGUGCCGGACGAGGAACGCGAGUUCCUGGCACUGGAUGAGCUAAAACCACACCAGCUAACCGAACUGGGCGUAACGGUCACGAACUCAUCGUCCGCCCAACAACAACAGCAACAACAGUCGUCCGUUCAUCGCAAUCUACCGGUCGCCAACGGGGACCAGAUUGAGGUGCCAAAUCCGGUCAUUACAACCGGUGGACUGCUGCAGAACUAUCACCAUCAUAACGUUUUCUAUGAGCUUGGAGCAGCAACACAUUCGCCGUCCAAUGUUAGUGCGGUACCGACCGAGCACAUGACCGGUGGCCCGGAUGCGUCCCUCCUGGUGGAUCCGUCGCUGGCCGGCACAAUGUCUGCGGUGAGCAAUCUGAGCACCCUUUCGGCGGCCGGAAGCGGCAACCAUCAUCUGCAUCUUUCCGACCAUGGACAUUCGCACCACGAUCACCAGCACGCUUCCGGUGGCGCACGGAAGCGAAAGUUUUCCUUCAAUGAUACGAGCGACAUUGAAGAUGAUACCUGUGAUGAUUCAAAAUCCGUCAGGACGACCGAUGAGAGCAAAAAGCAAAACCACAGCGAGAUCGAAAAGCGGCGGCGGGACAAAAUGAACACCUACAUUACAGAACUGUCCGCCAUGAUACCGAUGUGCCAUGCAAUGUCCCGCAAGCUAGACAAACUGACGGUUCUGCGGAUGGCCGUGCAGCAUCUGAAAACGAUCCGGGGCGCCGUACAUUCGUACACAGAGGGUCACUACAAGCCGGCCUUUCUGUCCGAUCAGGAGCUGAAGAUGUUAAUACUGCAAGCUGCAGAAGGUUUUCUGUUUGUGGUUGGCUGUGACCGGGGUCGGAUACUUUAUGUGUCGGAGUCGGUUUCGCACAUACUGAACUAUUCCCAGGGGGAUCUCCUAGGACAGAGCUGGUUCGACAUACUACACCCGAAGGAUGUGGCCAAAGUGAAGGAGCAGCUAUCAUCGUCCGACUUAAGUCCCCGGGAACGUUUAAUCGAUGCGAAAACUAUGCUACCAGUCAAAACCGAUGUACCGCAAGGUGUGACACGGCUCUGUCCCGGCGCUCGGCGUUCCUUCUUCUGCCGAAUGAAGUGCAAAGCGAACGUCCAGGUAAAGGAGGAAGCGGAUCAACCGAACAGUGUGUCCAGCGUGAGCAAUGUGUGCCAUCGGCGCAAAAAGCAAGUAAAUUCCGAUAAGAAGUAUUCCGUGAUACAAUGCACCGGUUAUCUGAAAUCGUGGGCCCCGGCGAAGAUUGGGCUGGAGGAGAACGAAACGGACGGCGAGGGAGACUCGUGCAAUCUGUCCUGUCUGGUCGCCGUUGGCCGGGUACAGCCUAAUCUCAACCAAAGCUGCAGCUUGACUACAAACGGUCUGCACACUCCGAGCAGUGCCAACGGACGGUCACGAAAUGGGCAGAAUUCCAACUCGGGCACAGGAGCAGGCACGAGCGGUGGCAAUACGGGGUCAUCCAGCAAUGGAAAUCCGGCAGCGACACCAAGCAAUGGUAGCGGGAAGUCGCUUAAUCGCAACAACAUUCCCAACCUGCGCAACGUGCAGUUCAUCUCACGGCACGCCAUGGACGGCAAGUUCCUGUUCGUUGAUCAGCGGGCUACACUCGUGCUUGGAUUCUUGCCCCAGGAGCUGCUCGGUACGAGCAUGUACGAAUACUACCAUCACGAGGACAUUCCAGCACUGGCCGAAUCGCAUAAGGCCGCUCUCCAGGGCACACAGUGCGUUACCACGUCCGUUUAUCGGUUGCGAACGAAGGAGACCGGAUUUGUGAGGCUUCAAAGUGAAUGGAAAUCGUUUCGCAACCCGUGGACGAAGGAGAUCGAGUAUCUGAUCGCGAAGAACAACGUUAUCCUGUCGGAGUUGGGCGACAGUGGGACGACCCGAGCUGGUGGGUAUGGAAUGGGCGAGCUAGGUGAUGGGACGGGUGAGCCCGGAUCGGGAACCGGAGGGCAACCGGGCGUAGGAUACGAGUUCUUCAACCACACGAAUGGACGUGAGAUACAGCGUAUGAUCAAUUCGCACGUGGAGGCGGGUAAAAUAGGGCGCCAGAUAGCGGAACAGGUGUUGGACCAUCAGCGACGGGUGGGAGAUUCUUCCUCGGAAAGCAGCCCCAAUCCCAACGAACCGACAAUGCAGCCCUCCUUCAGUUCGGCACUGUCCGACGCGAACCAUUCCAACGAUGCAAUCACUUCCGGCGAGCACAGCAUGGUCACCUCCACCGGUGUAUCGCCUUCCUCGAUUGCCGUCGUCCCACCCGCGGUAACGACACGCAUCAAUGGUACGCUGCCCGGUUACAGCCAUGUGCAGACGAACGCCAUCAUCAGCCCCGAGCAUGAUGUCUCACAAACGCAAGCCAGCAGCACGGAUGGCAACGAUGAGGCAGCGAUGGCAGUGAUCAUGAGUCUGCUGGAGGCAGAUGCUGGGCUCGGUGGGCCGGUCGAUUUUUCCGGCCUGCCCUGGCCACUACCGUAAGCGGGAGACGCAUGUACAUUCUAUCAUCAAGGCUAUGAUCGUGAUCAU